CCAAUGGCCCAAGAUGUUCUUCUGUACCUUCCUCAUAGUACCCUAUAAUUUUCCUGAAAGACAUAUUAGAAGGGAGAACAGUGGAAAGGAGACUUUGACCGAGUCGCCGGGCCUCAGAUCUGCUACUGCCUGUUUUGGAUGGCUAUAAGUUUAUUGGUGGGCUGCUUAAACGCGGCUUAUGAGUUAUGGCUAGCAUGAAAUUUUCAACCAGAAGGUGGUCUGUUAUUCUUGUUUUCUUGCUUAUUUCUUCAGGUUUUCACUUGGAAUUUGCUGAUGCAUUUACAGAUACAAUUUCACAAGGUCAAUCAAUCACAACCUCUCAGACCAUCAUAUCUGCGGGUGGUGAAUUUGAAUUAGGAUUCUUUUCUCCUGGAAACUCCACAAAAUAUUAUGUGGGGAUAUGGUACAAGAAAAUAUCAGAGCCAACCAUUGUGUGGGUAGCUAACCGAGAUUAUCCAUUCACAAAUCCGUCUGUGGUUCUUACUGUCAGGACAGAUGGUAACCUCGAGGUUUGGGAGGGGAAAAUUUCAUACAGGGUGACAAACAUAUCAUCAAACAGAAAAACUAGUGCCACCCUAUUGGAUUCUGGAAAUCUUGUUUUGAGAAAUGACAACUCGAGUAUAUGGCAAAGCUUUGACCAUCCAUCGGACACUUUCUUGCCGGGGAUGAAACUUGGAUACGACAGAAGGGCUGGAAAAACAUGGUCAUUAGUGUCAUGGAAGAGCACAGAAGAUCCCAGUCCAGGAGUUUUCUCCAUGAAGUACGACCCUAAGGGAAGCGGCCAGAUUUUUAUCUUGCAAGGGUCCACAAUGUACUGGGCUAGUGGCACCUGGGACAGGGAUGGGCAGGCUUUCAGCUUGAUUCGUGAGAUGCGCUCAAACGAUGUGUUUAAUUUCAGUUAUUCGUUUAGUAAGGAGGAGAGCUAUAUCAAUUACUCUAUUUAUAAUUCUUCAAUAAUAAGCAGAUUCGUGCUGGAUGUGUCAGGGCAGAUUAAACAAAUGUCAUGGCUUGAAGCCUCUCAUCAAUGGCAUAUGUUUUGGUUUCAACCAAAAACGCAAUGUGAGGUUUAUGCUUACUGUGGGCCUUUUGGAAUCUGUCAUGACCAUGCAGUCGAUAGAUUCUGUGAAUGUUUGCCAGGUUUUGAACCUGGCUUCCCUAAUAACUGGAACUUGAACGACACAUCUGGAGGGUGUGUGAGGAAAGCAGAUUUGCAGUGUGGCAAUAGUACUCAUCCUAAUGGGGAGAGAGACCAGUUUCAUCGGGUGUCUAAUGUGAGGCUGCCAGAUUAUCCACUAACACUCCCAACGAGUGGUGUCAUGCAGUGCGAGUCAGAUUGCCUAAAUAACUGCUCUUGCUCUGCUUAUUCUUACUACAUGGAGAAGUGUACAGUAUGGGGUGGAGAUCUUCUAAACUUGCAACAGCUAUCAGAUGACAACAGUAAUGGUCAAGAUUUCUAUCUCAAACUUGCGGCCUCUGAGCUAAGUGGGAAAGUUUCAAGCAGCAAGUGGAAGGUAUGGCUAAUUGUUACACUGGCCAUUUCCGUAACUUCGGCCUUUGUCAUUUGGGGGAUACGGAGAAGGCUACGAAGAAAAGGGGAAAAUUUGUUACUAUUUGAUUUAAGUAACAGCUCAGUAGAUACCAACUAUGAACUUAGUGAGGCAAAUAAACUUUGGAGAGGUGAGAAGAAGGAAGUUGAUUUGCCAAUGUUCAGUUUUGUGAGUGUAUCUGCUGCUACCAAUAACUUCUCUAUUGAAAAUAAACUAGGAGAGGGUGGUUUUGGUCCUGUUUACAAGGGAAAGUCACAAAAAGGGUAUGAGCUAGGUAGCUGUGAAGAGGCUUUCAAAAAGAUCUGGACAGGGAUGGGAGGAGUUAAAAAAUGAGGCCAUGCUCAUAGCCAAGCUGCAACAUAAGAAUCUUGUGAAGCUAUUCGGCUGCUGCAUUGAGCAAGAUGAGAAGAUAUUGAUUUAUGAGUAUAUGCCCAACAAAAGCUUGGAUUUCUUCCUAUUUGGUUUGUAACUUCUACAUAUCUGAACUUCUAGCUGUUGUGUAUUCAAUAAAAAAAGGCAUGGGAUCUGUGGAAAGACAGCAGGGGACAGGAAUUGAUGGAUCCAGUGUUGGAAGAGACAUUGCCAAGACACAUUCUGUUGAAGUACAUCAAUAUAGGCCUUCUUUGUGUUCAAGAAAGUGCAAAUGACAGGCCUACCAUGUCUGAUGUUGUCUCAAUGCUUGGCAAUGAAAGUGUACAUUUACCUUCUCCAAAACAACCGGCAUUUUCAAAUCUGAGAAGUGGGGUGGAACCACAUAUAUCCCAAAACAGGCCUGAAAUUUGUUCCUUAAAUGGUGUGACACUUUCAAUUAUGCAAGCACGAUAAUGGUUCAGAACUUAAAAAAUAAUAUGCUUAAAUUUCAGCAUAUUGUCUUACGUUGUUUUUGCGAAUUCAUAGCUCAUGUAUUGAAAUGGACACGUGAUCUGUGUGAAUUUUUCUUCCAAAACAGUUCAAUAAUCAUUCAGACCUGUGUCUAAUAUUUUUA